AUGGUACGGAAUGGGAAGGCAGCCUGCCAAUACAAAGCUGUCGAGCAACAAUACAGUCAGAAGAAUCAGAGUUCGUGGAGGUACGUCAAGUGGCGUUCGUUGAGACUCGAUACCGGUAACUACUCUUGGGGAAGUGAAGCAGUUACCCGCAGGACCAGAGUCAUUGAUAUUGUCUGCAAUGCUUCCAACAAUGAGUUGGUUCGUCCGAAGACAAUUGUCAACAGUGCUCUUGUUCUGGUCGAUGAUGCUCCCUUCAAGCAGUGGUACCUCCAGCACUAG